AUGAAAUUACCAUCAUCACCGUUGAUUGUGUAUUCAUUUAUUUAUUCGAUUUUGCUUUUACUAUCAACAAUUUUACAUUUUGUUUUGCUUUCAUUGAUUUCUUCACCAUUAUUACGUAUUUAUAUAAUCGACUUCAUUGUCACAUGUCUUCUAUUCUUAAUUGGUAACUUUAUUUUUUUAUCAAAUAAUAUUUAUGAUCUCCAUUGGCCAUUAAUUCCACUGAUAUCUUCAAUUUAUUUUCAUUUGACAUUAAAUUCCAUAGAAUUUUUACCAUUUAAAUGUCUUCCACUUUUUCUUCUCAUUUUUCUAUGGUCAAGUCAUUUGAUAUGGCAAACAAUAUCGUCAUCAGAUAAUAUUAAACAUGAAGAUUGGCGAUAUCAAAUGAUGAGAAAACAAUAUGGAAAUAAUUUUUUAAUAUUUGCAUUUUUUGCUUUACAUUUAUUACCAAUGUUUGAAGUAUUACUUGGUUCAUCAUCAAUAUAUUACAUCUAUACUUAUAAUAAUAUACAUAAAAAUUUAACAAUAGGUGAUAUUUUAUUAUUGUUAAUUAUUUUACUGGGUGUAUUAUUAGAAAAUUAUGCUGAUAAACAAUUAGCAGAAUUUCGAUGUCAUAGAAAAAAAUCAAGAGAACAUAAAUUUUCUGUUUUAUCAACUGGUCUUUGGAAAUACAGUCGUCAUCCAAAUUAUCUCGGUGAAAUUAUAUUUUGGUGGGGUUUAUUUUUUCUUGGUUAUUCUCAUAAUGCUCCAUUAUGGUGUGCAUUUGGUCCAUUACUUAUUACAUUAAUGAUGUAUUUCGGAUCCAUUCCAAUGAGUGAAGAACGAUUAUAUCGAAAAUAUCCCGAAUAUAAAUUUGUACAACGACGAGUAUCAAUACUCAUUCCAACAUUUGGUUUAUUAGGAUAA